AUAUGUCCCCGAUACGCUUUUAGCCAAGCGUAGGAUUAACCAUAGACUUCUAGAGAUUUAGACUGCGAACAGAAGGGAAAAUUUCGUAUCUCCUGGACCAUUCACUUCAUUCACAAUUAGCAUUUCAUAGGAUCACAAGCUCUUGUCAAAUAGACGAAUUUGGCCAUAUUUGGGACCAAAAUCAUUCUUAGGAUCCUCAAGAGAUGUGGCCAAAGUUAUGUAGUAAUCCCUAGGUAAAGUUUAAAUUUUCGGCCUGCUCUAGGUCAGCUGCAUAAGCUUUUGACAAUGGAAAUUGGAAACGACCCACUCUAUCAAUAUACGCGCUCAUAUAACUUGCCACUUAAUGAAGAGAUUUAAGUUUCUGAUUUCAUCACCAUUUGGUCCAGAAAAGUGGUCCAGAGCUGUUCCGAACAUGAGCAGGUCGAUUUGGUGGUGAAAGCCCAUUCAAAGUCCAUAUUUUAUGACGGUCGUGGAUUAGUUGAACUCUCCAACUGAUCAACCGGCGCACUUACUCGUAAGCAUGAAAGGAGUAAGUACGUACAAACAAGACCUAAUAAUGGGUCACUUGAGAAUUCAAAAUAAAGCUUAUUUGGAAGCUUGAAUGAUCAUUGAUCAGGUAUUUCUUGUACUCAGUGACUACCUGAUGCUCAAGUUAAACAUGAACUAAUAAUCUAAAAAGCUGAACCAUAGCGACAUCAAAUUUCAAAAAACGGUCUACAAUUGUCGCCUUUUGGUCUUUCUAUUUCCACUUAUUGACGCCGAUCUUGGGCGAAUACAAAUUGAGUAAAACACGACCGAAUCCAAGGCCUGUCAAAACACAUCAGAUAUUCAAAUCUUGUAUUAGAGAGAAAAAUGUGUUUUUAUAUAUGCGUAUUAAGGCAAAGUAGUCUAAUUUGUGGUUAUGAUUGCUAAAACGAUUAAUGUGUUAGGAUUCCAAUGCUUGCACUAAAAACCCAGCACACCCGUUGACAGGAGCUCUACUGUAAUCAUCGGUUACAUGCUGUGUAGAGGUUUAAAAAAAGCGAUCUACCCUCAUGUAACAUUCGAAUCUCGUCUGUCUCAUGUCCAAAUAUUUGUUCCAUGAAUGUCGACGUCUUGAGAGAACAGAUGUACUGUAUGCAAUAGGUAAAGUAUUACUGUACUGUACGAGUAAAUUAUGAAAUGGCGGCGUGAAAUCAUAGCUUCUUUGUGUGGACACUGAAAAAGUAACCUCCAAGCUUGCAAUGCGUUUCGACGGACAAUUUUAAGAAACUCUUCAUUUUCCCACGGGCGGAAAUGAGUACAUUGCACAUUGUGCGGCGACGUGCCAGACCAUUGAACACUGUACUAGUUACUCACUCACUCACUCAGUCUUCAGUACAAAGCAGGUAAAAACUUGCCAAAAGGUAGUAUGCACCGUCGAAAGGAGCCGCCAAUUGUGGGGCAGGCAGAUCCAAGACCCCUCUUCUUCUUCGUCUUCUUCUUUACCACCACCACCACCAAUGAAACGACCAACCAACCUCCAAUCAUCAACCAUCAGCUCAAGUGCCGCGGUGGUUGCGAACUCCAGCAGCUCCUGAAACAACCAAAGUGAGGGAAGACAGGGAAUAGAUAGACGUAUGGGUGGUGGUGGUGGUGGUGAAUGGAUGGAUGGAUGGAUAUACAUACGUUUGGAUGGAUGGAAAAGAAAGAAGGCACGACAAAACAGCGACGAGCCAAGAACUGGUAAACACUAAUGGGGUGCGGUUCAAAUUUUGAUCAUGCCAUGGAUCAUUAGAUCAAGAGUAAUUGAUUGGAACAUCAACAAGUGUGCAACCCGACACGAAGGCCAGUGAUCACGAGUGUGUUCCAUUCAUUCAUGGCCACAAGACUCCUCAACACCAUGAAGGCCACCCAAAACGUGCUCCUUUUCUUGACAUUUCUGACGAGCUGUUUAGCGAUUGCGCUUUUGGCCGCCAGUCUGGGCACAGAAAGUUGGAUCGUGUCCGACGCCCAGCGCCCUUCCAAUCCCAAAGCCCAAGGGACAAUCAACUUUGGACUGUUUCACGGGACUCGGCGUCUCAACCACGGCUUUGGCGAGCGUAUCUACCCCAUGAAUGUGUUUCAAGUUCAGUAUCGAGAGCAAAACUUUAUGAUCAGAGAGCUCUAUGUGACCACGAUCGUGUGCGUGGGGGUGGCCAUCUUGUUUGGGCUGAUCAGCGGCUCCCUGGCCUUGUACAACAUCAGCACCAUCCCUUCCGAGGCAGUUUGCCAUUACCCGGGAUUGGUGGCUUUCAACGUGAUUGGCUUCCUCUCGUCCUUGGUGGCGAUCAUCACGUGGAUCAUACAAUACUUCAUUAAAUUUCGUGGCAACGUCCUCAUUCGAGAGGACCAACUCAAUGGAGGCUGGAAAUCGGAGGGUUUGGCCUCGGUGGGCUACUCAUUCUGGAUGGUGUUUGUGGCUUCGGUGAUAUUCUUCCUGAACUCAGUCAUUGUGUUGAUCCUUCAAAAGCGGUUUACCCGAGGUCGGAGGACCAAAAACCACAUCAUUGACAACACCAAACCCACCAAUGGAAACCUCAUGUUAUAUUGAGAACUCGUCGUCGUUGUCGUCUCACAUAUCCUAAAUCAAGUAUCAUCUGCUGCCAUAAUAAUUAAAAAGCAAUCAGUGAUUGCUAGCUAAUACAAAA